AGAGGAAAGCCCUAAACUGUUGGGAGGCCAGGUGUCCGUCAACACAGAUCCUCCUGCGGUUCCGGGGGGAGGAGGAGGCGCAAACUGCCGCCCCAACGGCACAGCAAAAACGCAGCCAUGCCAACCAUUACCAAGCUCUUCUCCAUGCAGGAAAUUUCCAAACAUAACAGCCAGAAUGACUGUUGGGUCCUCAUCGAUAACAAGGUCUAUGAUGUGACCAGUUACUUAGAUGACCAUCCUGGUGGAGAUGAAGUGUUGCUCUUAGCAACUGGUAAAGAUGCAACCGAAGAGUUUGAAGAUGCAGGACACAGUGCUGAGGCAAGAGAAAUCAUGAAAGAGUACUGCAUAGGAGAGCUGGACCCAUCUGCUUCUGUUUCUGAGGGACAGAACGCCACAGAAACUCGAUCUCUGGCGGGAACUCUGGGCUUCAUAAACAAUUACAAGCAAUCGCUUUACUGGGUUCUUCCGGUAGCCAUUGCUGGCGUUGCUGUGUUUGUGAGCUGGGUGUACUUGAAGAAGAAAUAGAAUCCAGGAAAUUUUGAUAAUUAUCCAUCUGUUGGGAGUUCAAAUUUUUGGCCACAACAUUCAUAACUUCUUUGAAAAUUUUGGUAGCACUGUACUACAUAA